GAGUACCAGGUUGCUUUACGGAAAAGGCUUCUCUGAUUCAGUCUGGAGCUGCAUUACAUUAUGCUUUUUCAUGGUUAUUGAUCUGCACAAAGAAUCGAGGAACCGAUACAGCAGGAUCCUAACUGGCAAAGCAGAUGGCGGAGACAACUUUGUCAAUCGCUUGAAAAAGAAACUGAGAAUCUCUCCAACCUACUGGAGGACAAUGUAUAUAAAAAUAUGGACGAAUCCCAGGAAACCCACAUAUCCAACCACCUGGAUGAAGUUGUUGCUGCUGUCAGCAUAACGCCUAGAAAGAAGACCCCAAACAAGCUGCCUCAGACAGCCCUGUUCCAGCCUCCUCGAGAGAAACUUCAGCUCUGUGAAGAGAAAGUGAAGUCCUUUUCCAGCAAUCACAAAUACAAAGAGGCCGUCCAGGAGCUCGUGCGCUGCGUGGCGCUGACGAGGAUCUGCUAUGGUGACUCACACUGGAAACUAGCCGAGGCGCACGUUCACCUGGCUCAGGGCUACCUCCAGCUGACAGGAAUGUCACUGCAGGCAAAAAAACAUGCAGAAAAGGCCAAAGAAAUCCUCACCGACUCCAUCACGCCCCCCUAUAACGAUGACACAGAUGUCUUCAAGUGUUCUAUCGAGCUGUUCCACACCAUGGGGAGAGCCUUACUCGCCCUCCAGAAAUUUAAGGAUGCGUCAGAGAAUUUGACAAAAGCAGAAAGACUCUCAAAGGAGCUGCUACAGUGUGGAAGGAUUAUAAAGGAAGAAUGGGUAGAAAUUCAAGCGCGGAUCAAAUUGUCAUUUGCACAGGUGUAUCAAGGUCAGAAGAAAUCAAAAGAAGCUCUUCCACUUUACCAAGAGGCUUUAGAAUAUAUUGAGAGCAGUAAAGGUGAAAGAAGUCUUGAGUGCGUACCAGUACUGAGGGAACUAGCAGGUGCAGAGCAAGCCCUGGGAUUCCACGAUGCAGCUGUCAACCACCAGCUACAGGCGCAUCUCAUUGUCCUGAGCAGAAACCCCUCUCCAGAGGAGGCCGGGGGCUCCGCCUACGCCGUGGCCCGCACCGCUGUGGCUUCUGGAAGACCCGAGCACCACGAUGUGGCUGAGCAGUAUUUUCAAGAGAGCAUGGCUAACCUUAAAGAUGUUAAAGGGGCCAGAAAUGCCAAAUUUCUUACAACUCAAGAUGAAUAUUGCCAUUUUCUGCAGGUCACUGGACAACAAGAGAGGGCAACUGCCAUCUUGAAAGAGUCUCUGGAAGCCAAAGUGGGAGUGUUUGGGGAUCUCAGUCCCGAGGUGGCAGAGACAUAUCGACUCCUGAGUGCUGCCGACCUGGAACAGAAGAACCACAGCGGGGCCCACAAGAAACUGAAGAAGUUGUCCUGGAGAAAGGUGAUGGUAGCUUGCUCCAAGACAGUGGCCAGGGGCUGGAGCAGAGUCGUGGGGGAGUCGAGGGAUGUCGAUAAGGACAUAGAACCCACGACAUGUGACGACACAGAGUGUCUUCAGAUUCAAACCCUCCUCUACGGACCGCAGGACAAGAGGACGGUGGCCACCCAGCAGGCCGUGAACACGCUGUCCAAAGUCCCCGAAGUGGCCGUGAAGUUGAGGCAGACCCCGAAAGUCAAGCCAGCCUUCUGUGCCAGCGUGGCCCACCACACAGCGCUGGGGAAGGCCAGGCCCAGCGUGGCCGACUGAGGCCGGCCCCACAGCACACACUGGGAGCUGCCAUCUAGGGAGCUGUGUCUACCGCUCUCCAGAGAGAAGGUGGCGGUGCCCCUGCCCAGUGCUGGCGACCUGCCCCACAACCCGCCCCCCCAGGCACACUGUGCCAGUGGAUGCCUGCAGGGUGUUCUGGUGCUCUAUAAAGCUCUUCCCUCUACCACCUGAGUGGUUCUUCUCACCAGCAGGCCGUUUACCCGCCAGCAUUAUUUGUCUUCCAACGCCCAAACGCCCCAUGCAGGAAAGUAGACUCAGCGUCUGACUGUGUGGGCAGGCAGGCAGCCCUCCAAGGGCCUGUGCUCAGAUUGGGAGCAAUGCAGGUGCGGGGUAGGGAGCCCUUUGUUACAGAAAGGUAACAAAAGAUUGAGAAUAAAGUGCUAACAAAAGGAAAUGCAGAAGUCCUGGGCUCAGUGUGUGUUUUGAAAACGAAGCGUGCCUCAGCCUCACGUCCUGGGAGCCUGGGGAGCCUUCUCUCCGCCCCGUGCCCAGGUGAGCCGCCACCACGCACCGGGCACUCGCCAAGAGCCUGGAGACACAAUGAGACGCCCAGUCCUCCUCCCCGCC